CAGCUGCCAUUGCUGUUGUGUGUCCCUACAGAAAAUGAUCCCCCGGGAGCGAGCAGCCACCUCCAAGUCACGGGUGGACAAGCCCCAGCAGCCCGUCGUGGCCACCAGCCAUGCUGACGUGGUGUCCGGGCUGCUGCCCCAGGACGAGUGGCUGUCCCUGCUGGAGGCUGAGCAGGGGGACAGGGAUGUUGGAGAUACCCUUGCCGAGCUCUUGGACCGUGUGAUGGAUGGGUGCCUCAAAGCUGAUGUGGCUCAGCAGCUCGUGCCCUUCGUGGUGGCCCAGGCACGGGAUGCCAUCCUGCACAUUGCCCAGUGGCGUUUCCUGGCACGGGAUGAGGGAGAUUCGGACCUCAAGGAUGCAGAUGGCACUUGGCAGGAGGAUGAGGAGCCUGAGCCCCCCACCACGGACUCCUGGGCACGGGGCUGCGUUCCCACCCAGCGCGCUCAUCUGUCCCCAGGUGAAGGAGAGGUCGAGGUGCUGGACCCAAAGGACAAGCCGCUGGCACAUCCCUAUGGUGCCCGCUGGCACAGACGGGGAUCAGAGAGGGGCAGCUCGCGGCUGCCGCAGGGGUCGGUCCCUACGAGGGGAACACAGCUCCAGGUUCCUCCCCCCGGAUCCUCCCAGCCCAUCGGCCACCUGCCUCAGCCACUCGGCUCUGUCCGGCUGGCCCCCGGUGUGACCGUCAGAUGGGACGCCGGUGUGAAGCAAGAGGUUGAAGAGGACGAGAAGGAGGAGGAGACCGAGCAGAGCUUGAGACCCAUCCACCCCACGGUGCUCCUCCCGGCCAUGGCUACCAGGCAGGCCACGGGGGAGAGCAAGUACUGAAGGCAGCA